GUAAAAUGGAAAAAUACAUAUAGAUUCCCCCAUCCCCAGACUUCACCAACAACCCCCUCUGCUUACUUCAUAUUGCCUCAAUUGAUCAAAUCCCAAGAUCAGCUCCCCUUCCUACCCCAUCAAGUUACAUGUCAGCGCUGCCACGAAGCCUGGCACACGCCGGCGUCCGUCCCCCGUCCCUCUCCGUUAACAGCCGACAUCGUUCCACAGCUGCGGCAUUCGGACCCCGACGCUUCCCCGCCAAAAUGUCCCCCUCCACCGACCCCUCAUUACGUCUGUCCAUGAUUUCGGCGCAGAUAAAACAAUCCUCCCCCGCUCUGAACUCGAGAGACCUUCAUACCACUUCAACGCGAUCAAUCGACACUGCAACUACUACUACUACAAACAAUACAGCAACAAUGUCUCGUCCUACGCUCCUCAUUCCUGGUCCCAUCGAGUUCGAUGAUGCCGUUCUCCAGGCUAUGAGCCACUACAGCGAGAGCCACACAGCCCCCGGCUUCAUCUCAGUCUUCGGCGACACCCUGACCCAACUGCGCCAACUCUUCCAAACCACCUCACCCGCCUCGCAACCCCUCGUCGUCUCCGGCUCCGGUACCCUAGGCUGGGACCUCGUCGCCGCCAACCUCUCCGAAGCCGGCGAUAACGCGCUGGUCCUGCACACCGGUUACUUCGCCAACUCCUUCGCUGACUGCCUCGAGACCUACGGCGCGAAUGUUACGCAGCUUAAGGCGCCAAUUGGAAGCCGCCCCCAGAUUCCGGAGAUCGAGAAGGCGCUGAAGGAGAAGAAGUACAAGCUUGUCACAGUUACCCACGUUGAUACAUCGACUGGUGUCCUGAGCGACCUUAAGGAGCUGUCGGAGCUCAUCCAGCGUGUUUCCCCUGAGACCCUCCUCGUCGUCGAUGGUGUCUGCAGUGUUGGCUCCGAAGAAGUCCUCUUCGACGAGUGGAAGCUCGAUGUCGUCCUCACCGGCUCGCAGAAGGGUCUUGGUUGCCCCGCUGGCCUGUCUAUUAGCAUGUACUCCGGCCGCGCCAUCGAGGUCUUCAAGGCCCGCAAGUCCCCUCCUGCAUCCUACUUCGCCUCGCUCAAGAACUGGAUCCCUAUCAUGCAAAACUACGAAGCCAAAAAGCCAUCCUACUUCGCCACCCCCGCCCCCCAACUAAUCCACGCCCUCCACACCUCUCUAACCCAAAUCCUCUCCAAGCCCCUCUCCGAGCGCUUCGCCAACCAAAAAGCCGCCUCCGCGCGCGUCAAGGCCGCCGUCGCCUCCUUGGGGCUAAAGCAAAUCGCAUCCAACCCCGCCGACCAGGCGAAUGGAAUGACCACCAUCUACCUUCCCGAGGGCGUUGCGGUGCCUACUAUCCUGCCGGUGUUGGCGAAGAGGGGGGUUAUUUUCGCGGGGGGGUUGCAUAAGGAGAUUGCGACGAAGUAUAUUAGGGUUGGGCACAUGGGGGUGAGUGUGCAUGAUGCGGGGAGGGGGGAUGUGGAGAAGGCGAUUAGGGUUUUGGGGGAGGCGUUGGAGGAGGUGGGGUAUAAGAAGGCUUAG